GCAGUUGGUUGACGCUUCCGCACAACAAUCAGGAGCUCCCAUGCAUGACAUAUUGUCACAUAUGAUUGUGGCAAGUGAUCCAACUGGCAAACACAUGCCUGAGGCUGAGAUUGCUGAUAAGAUCAUGGGUUUGCUGACAGCAGGAUACAGCACUGUGGCUACUGCCAUGACUUUCUUCAUGAAAUAUGUUGGAGAGAGGCCAGACAUUUAUGCCAAAGUCCUAGCUGAACACAAGGAGAUUGCAGACUCAAAGAAGCCUGGACAAUUUUUGGAGUGGGAUGACAUCAACAAGAUGAAGUACUCAUGGAAUGUAUUGUAUGAAGUGAUGAGAUUCACACCACCACUUCAGGGGACAUUCAGAGAAGCCUUGACUGACUUCACCUAUGCUGGUUACACCAUCCCAAAGGGCUGGAAGGUAUAUUGGACUGUUAGUACAACAAACAUGAACCCAGAGUACUUUCCCAACCCAGAAAAGUUUGACCCUUCACGAUAUGAUGACUUGAGUGCAUUCCCAGCUUUCACAUUUGUUCCAUUUGGAGGAGGACCAAGAAUGUGCCCUGGGAAAGAAUAUGCAAGGCUAGCAAUACUCACUUUUGUUCACAAUGUGGUGAUGAGGUUCAAAUGGGAAGUGCUAUUUCCUAACGAAAAGAUCACAGGUGACAUGAUGCCGACACCAGAGAAAGGACUUCCGGUUCGCCUUACAUGUCACUAGGAAUCGAACUAAUACGAAGUUUUCUCUGUUUUGGAACACUUGUACUGCCCAUCACAGCAGAAGUGGUUGCUGGUGGCAGCCUCCAUCUUUGGUGGUACCAUAGUAGCAGCUGGCUAGGCUCAGCGAGUGGCUAGGCUCUCCAUUGUUUCUAAUCUUUAGGCAUCUGGCAGCAUUGUAUUAUGUCUUACUUCUUUUGUAUAUCUAAGAAUAAUUUUAACGA